AUGCUCCCGCCGUCAGCGAAGCACGCGGUGGGCGUGGGGGGGCCGCGCCAUCCGGUGGGCGUGGACGUGCCGCUGCCGCGCGCCUCCUCCUCCACCAACCUCUCCGCGCACAUGAGCGCUCCUGCUGCGCCAUCCGCUGCAGCACUGCGCGGAGAGGGCGAGGGGCAGCGGGAAGCCGCGGGGGUAGCGGGUGCGGGCGGCGAGGGGGCGAGGUUCAGCCAUGACUACGGUAGGGGUGCUGGGGGGGGCGACGCAGAGAGGCAUUCGCAGCAGUCGCCACAGCAGUCGCCGCAGCAGUCGCCCGCGCACGCGAUGGUGCCUCGCCAGCGCACCAUGCCUUCGCGCCUCUUCCCCGCCGCCCACUCCGCCCACGCAACCUCCCCCUUCUCCCUCCCCGCGCCCUCCUCCCCCGGCCUCAGUCGCCCUGGCAGCACCGACCGCGCGGAAACCCCAAGCGAAGCAGGAGGGGCGGAGAGCGACAGCGAGCGCGCGGGGCAAGGCGCGCUCCCCCGCCAGACCACUCUCCCCCCGCGCUUCCCGCACGCCUCCCGCUUCGCGCAGCCUCUGGGGCAGCCGCCCUCGGGCCUGCGCACGGCCUCGCCAGACCCUCGCGCGCCUGCAGCAGCGGAGGCGAGCGGGGGGCGGGAGCGGGGCGGCGGGGCGGAAGGGGGGGAAGAGGGGAGCGGAGGCGAGGAGGGGGAGGACGUGGCGGAGCUGCGGCGGCAGGUGACGAUGCCAGGGGGCGCGGCGGGGGAGGGCGGGCGGUGGCGGGAGAUGGGCGCGCCGAGUAGGGGGCUGCUGAGACAGCUGACGGACCCGCAGGAGAACCGACCCACCGCCAGAGUGGUGCAGAGCGCUGAAGGCGCUGCUGGAGCUGAAGCCGCUCAGAGGGGCAGCAGGGGGGGAGGGCGCGGGGGGGGGGGGAAGGGCGAGGGGGGGAAGGGGGCGAGUGCGUGGCGGCUGGCGGGCGUGGGGCAGGUGAGUCCCCUGCAGGGCGCUGCUAGGUACGUGCAGCAGGCCUUUGCCCCCCGCUCGCCCAAACCCGCCAAGGCAGCACAGGUGCAGAGGGAGCGAGGCAGGGAAGGGGUGGGUAGUGGUAGUAGCGUGGCAGGAGGGAAGGGGGAUGAGCGUGGGGAGAGAGGGGUGGGGAAUGGUGUGGGCGGGGGGAUGGGGGAAGAGGAGGAGGGCGAGCAGUGGGGAAUGCAGGGGGUGGUGGCGCGGAGGAGAGGGGGGGUGGAGGAGCAGGAGGUGUGGAACAGCGGUGCUGUUGCCAUAGCUGGCUUCUGGGGGGUGGUGGGCGGCCCCUGUCUCCGCAUCAUCCCUCCAUGUGUGUGCAUGCAGGCACGCCUGCCGCAGUUCCCAGAGCCCAUGCAGCGCGACUGUUCGGGCGGCAGGACGGGGGUGGUGGUGAACGGCAGGGAGCUGCAGCGCCGUGACCUCGACCCCCUCGUGCGCCGCGGCGUGCCGGCGGUGCCCCACCGCGCGUACCUGCUGGACCAAGACGGCCGCGUGCUCGAUGCUGCCUCGGGUGCCCUUGUUGCCAACCUGGGGCCCCUCGCCCCCUCGCUCAAAACUAAGCGAGGGAAUGGCAUGUUCACUCCACAAACAAACUAA